AGCUGGUGACCCUUGACCAGUCAGACUUUGACCUAUGACAUCUACAAGAUUCCAACAUGGCCGCCAACACGAAGGAAAAUCUGCGAAUCUCGUGGUUUUUGUGUAAUUUCUUGGUGUUCCUUGCCUUCCAGAAGACGCGGGUUGGUGGGGAGAUGCAGUGCGUGAAGACGGGCCCGUGUAGCUGUGAGAUGGCGGACGGGUCUGGCGGGAUAGACCUCAUAACUCUGGCACGAGUCGGAGAACCGAUGGUGUAUGAUGAACAGGGCAGGGACUUGAACUUUUAUUCCUUUAACCCGUGCCUACCGUUCGAGGAACCAAACGGGAUCGAUGUGUGCGCUAACGUGGCAGUGUGCAUGUACAGGGAGGUGGGAGGGGUGGACACAUACUACAACUGUGGGGAGCACCUGUACUCUGACUUUGUUUACAACAACGAUACUGGAUACAUUGAUCUUGUCUAUACAGGUGGAUAUGAGCUGGGGGAUGUUCGUCACACUGUCAUCCAUCUUGAGUGUGGCCUCAUCUUCGACCUUGACAUCGAAGGCUACCAGGAAGACACCAGGACGGUUGUCAUGACAAUGGCCACGCCCUGUGCCUGUGUGACGGGCUGCGAGGGGUUUAAAGACCUGAGUGCGGGAUCUGUGCUACUCAUCAUAUUUACGGUUUCCCUUGGCUUUUACUUUGCUGCUGGUGCUUUUUACCUCCACACGGUGAGAGACAAGCAAGGCAGAGACAUGAUCCCCCACCUCCACAUGUGGACCGAGCUGUUGAGUCUCAUCAGGGACGGGUGCUGCUUUGUUCUGGGGCCUUGCCGGGGGAACAAUCCAGACGUGCUGUACUCCCAGUACGAGAGACCCUCGCAGUACGAGAGGCCAGAGUACGACGGGCCUGUGUAACCAUGGCGAUGGUAACCAUGGUGAUCAUUGUCCGUAAAUAUUUCUGUUUUUGCCAGUCGAUUUUACGGCAGGAGUAUUCUCCAGGCAGAUCUACCGGUAGCAUAAGGAGUUUAGCUGAGCAAUGUUAUCAAAAAGGCUAAUGAAUACAUGUACCUUUACCUUAAAUAUUUCAAGAUUUAGUAAAUACAUGUGCAUGCAGCACAAGCAUACAUGCCAGGGAAUACCCAGUGCAAUAGCCUAGCGGGUGCUACAUGUAGGUAAAGUGUUUGCAAAGAAUUAUAUAAUUAUUGUACUGUAUUACUGACUGCUUUCCUUGCUUUAAGCAGUUAGCACUAAUAUAAGAAAGUUUGCUACCAGUGGAAUAGUUCCCAGUUAUGAGGUCUUUGGGAACCAAGGUUAUAGAGAAAGCUUAGGGUUAGGAAUCUGAUAGACUUCUAGGCAAACUACAUUCGUGCUCUAACUUCCUAAAACUGAAGAGCUUGUUUAAGUUAAAUACAUUUGGUAAAUCACAUACAAUACAUGAUAUUGUGCACUUGAUUGGUAGGAACCAACC